UGUGUAUCAUGACGGACCCAUAAACUGUUUUACAAGGAUAGGAGUCAGACAGCAUGGACUAUUGUGAUGCUGAGGGGGAAGACAAUGAGGACAGAGGGAAAGAUGAUAAAAAGGUCUGUGCUGUAGGGGAUCUAGGUGUGGUUCUGAUCUCAAUGACCUUACACUCAGGCUUAGCUGGGAUUGUGACCAGGGUAAAGAGCCAGCACAUUGUAUGAGCUAAUAAAUUACUGGGGGCAGAAUUAGCUUCAGACAUGUUAAUGGAUAUAAACACAGCUGCUAAUAAUGUGACUGUAUCAAAUGAUUCCUCCGUUCCAGUAGUCUUUUUUAAUAUAUCCGGGUAUCUUCAAUAGUUAAUUGUUGUGCGGUAUUAACCAACUUCUCCAUUUCGAAAUGAUGUCCUCCAGACGUGUCCUGUCUUUCCAAUUAUAUUCUACCGGAAGUGACGCAACGGAAUCUACUAAAGUGUUGGUGUUUCAUCUUGCAAGACAAAACACUAGCACUUUAGGAGGCAAGUUGCUAGGAGUCUUCCCUUUAGUAAUACAGAUCGUCACUUCCAGUAGAACAUAAUUGGAAAAGACAGAACGCUUCUGGAGGACAUUACGUGAUUUCAAAGCGGAGCGGUUGGUUAAUACCGCACAACAAUUAACCAAUGAAGAUACCCGGAUGGAUUUAAAAAGAAUACUGGACAGGAGGAACUACAUACUGAUUGAGAAAACCAUCAUGCUAAAACGCAUCUCGGGACCUAUACAGAAAUAUUUUUAAGUGUUAUUUCAUGUACUUUAUUUUAAUAUAUAAUUUAUGUAGCAGGCCCUGGGUAACCCAGUGGACUACCCCCACUAUUAAUGAAAGAAGAGACCCAUUUCCCCCAGUAACUGGACGACACACAAUUCCAGGUGUACAACAACAAACUUUAUUGGCCACACUCGGCUUUAUACUUUUCCCAUGCAAGAGGUGGAUCACACUCAACGACCAUGUCCCCUCCCAAGGUCCUCCCCCUUCUGGGGGUCGCAUAACGGAACCGGUACCCCAGUCUCUUUGUCUCCUGUUCCUGCCACUCCAUGCCCCCUCUCAGGAUCCACCCCUCUCAGGGCCUGUGCGUGUGACAGGAACUCCAGUCCCUUUGUCCCCAGUUCCCGCCACCCCUCCUCAGGAUUUUCCACCUCUGGGGACAGGGGUUUUUCAUCCCAUGAGCCUCUGUACCUGGGAGCCCCAGCGUGGGAAAGCUUCCUGCCUCCUGGACUCCCAGUCACAGAAAGCAUGCCAAACGGCCAUUGUCCCUAAAGAGUGUCCCCACCAAUCUCAGGGACCUCCAGAACAGCAACCGCCAUGAACUGCCUCUGUUCUCGGGGUCCCUGGGUGAAACCAAGCGAGGGAAGCGCCUCCUUUCGGGACACGAAUGCUCCCCAUGGCCGCCCAGGGAAGCUCUCAUUAAUUAUUUCCCUUGCGGUUUCACACUUAUGUUGCAAGUUACCAACGUUCUUAUUGAUUAGUGUGAACUUUCCAAGGGGCACUGGGGAGGUCCUCAUUCGGGAACCGAACGAAUGCUCCUAGUAGACAUCUAACAAACAGGCUGCCACCCAGGGUCGGCAUGCGCCGAGGCUUCCUUCGUUCUAAAUAGACAUUCUAAAUGAUGUGUCAGGGUGCUCCUCGUGCGGAAGUCGAACAGAAACCAUUCAUAUGAGCCUUUCGCGAAUGGGGAGUAGGCAAAACACUGAACGCAGUACUGCCUACUGUGCAGCACUGCCCCAGGAAGCACCUCCAGUGGUAUCCCUAGGGGGCAAAGUAAACACUGCUUUUUAUCUGAAAAACAAAAACGUGUUUACAUGAAAAUUUAUGCAGGGAAUAAUUAUACUCACCAGAAUAACUACUAAGCUAAGCUUUAGUUGUUCUGGGGACUAUAGUGUCCAUUUAAGUUAAGGGGGCAGAGAGAGGGCUGGAUCAUUAGAACGUACUAUGGUGCCAUAAUUCUUUAAGGCCUCUAUUUGUUGGACAUCAUAACACUUCCUAAUGGCAUUAUGGUGCUAAUAUACUAUGAGUGCAAUAGCAGCACGCAGUGGUAUACCACCAAGUGUAAAUGUGCAUUGCGCCACCCAAGAGUAGUGACAUUGUGUGUAUCAAUAUAUGAACUAGCAGUAAAAUAAUGUGAAUUAAUUACUAUUAAUCUUGUCUACUAGAAUAUAACAGCGAAUAAUCAGCUAGCAGUAGCUGUAAAAGAUUCUGUAGCCUCAAAGACAAAGAGUCACAGCUGUUUUUUUGUUUUUUUUAAUUUACAAAGGGAAAGUAUUUAUUACACAUUAACUGAUUUCCUUGGCUGCUGGUUUACCUUCAGCCGUUACUGUCACUGUAAUAAAUUACUUAGAGCUUUCUAUAGAAAAGAAACUUACUAUAAGGAAUAACAAUUACAGUUUAUACACUCUGAAUAUUAUGUUCUAGAAAAUAUAGAUUAUCAGGAACUCUCAAAGGACCACUAUAGUGCCAGGAAAACAUACUCGUGCCCCCACUCUCAGGGACCCCCUCCCGCCGGGCUGGAUGGCGAGGAAAGGGGUUAAACUUACCUUUUUUCCAGCGCCGGGCGGGGAGCUCUCCUCCUCCUCCUCCGAUCCUCCUCUUCGGCUGAAUGCGCAUGUGCGGCAGGAGCUGCGCGCGCAUUCAGCCAGUCUCAUAGGAAAGCAUUCAUAAUGCUUUCCUAUGGAAUCUUCUCACUGUGAUUUUCACAGUGAGAAGCACGCAAACGCUAGUGGCUGUCAAUGAGACAGCCACUAGAGGCUUUAGAGGCUGGAUUAACCCAUUUAUAAACAUAGCAGUUUCUCUGAAACUGCUAUGUUUAUAAAAAAAAAAGGGUUAACCCUAGAGGGACCUGGCACCCAGACCACUUCAUUAAGCUGAAGUGGUCUGGGUGCCUAGAGUGGUCCUUUAAGGGUUAACAAUCAGGAAGUUAAAUCCUAUGGUACAAACUGUCCGCCCCCUGGGUGUGGAAUGUGGUUUAACACGCCCCACUACGUUCUGAGAAAAGACAAACAUUCAGUUUCGUUUCUUGUUGCAGCUUUCAGUGAUGGCAUCUGCUGACCUGAGAGAGGAGCUGACCUGCUCCGUCUGCCUGAAUAUUUAUACAGAUCCUGUAACCCUUCCAUGUGGACAUAGCUUCUGCCAGGUCUGCAUUGAGAAUGUGCUGGACAUACAGGGGGUGAGAAGAUAUUCCUGUCCUGAAUGCAGACAAUUAUUUAAUUCAAGACCGGACCUGCAAAGAGCACUAAGCUUGGCUAACAUGGUGAAAAGUUUCCUAUCUACUCACCCUGGACAGAAGGUGGUUGGGAUCCCCUGUACUUACUGUACUCACUCUCCUGUACCUGCAGGAGAACAUGUCCUAACUGAACCCACCAUUUCACUGGGGAACAGAAAAUGCUCCAUCCACAAGAAGGUCCUGGAAUAUUACUGCUCUGAGGAUGCCUCUUGUAUUUUUGUGUCCUGCAGGCUAGCCGGAGAGCACACGGAACACCAGGUGGAGACUCUGAAUGUGGCCUCUGAGAAGAAGGAGAAAUUGAGAAAUAUUCUAGAGAAACUAAUGUUAAGGAGAGAGGAGGCUGAAAAAAGAAUAAAGAGCCUGUCGGAGCUCAAACGUGAAGUGCAAGAAAAAGCAUCUGGGGUAACAGAGGAAGUAAUUGCCCUGAUUAGGGUCAUCAGGGAAUGGCUGAAAGCCCUAGAGACAGAGAGAGAUGAUAUAAAGGCCUGGUCUGUAGGGGAUCUGGGUUCGAUCUCAGUGACCUUACACUCAGGCUUAGUUGGGAUUGUGACCGUAGUAAAGAGACAGCGCCAUGUAUCAGCUAAUAUAAUACUGGGAGUAGGAUUAGCUUCAGAUAUGUUGCUAGAUGUAAACACGGCUGGUAAUAAUGUCACCGUAUCAGGUGACAUGAAAACUGUAUCCUGGUCAAAAAUAAACCAGAGUCAUCCAGAAACACCAGAGAGAUUUCAGUUUAACCAGAUUUUAAGCUCCAGGAGUUUCUCCUCAGGGCGACAUUACUGGGAGGUGGAUGGCAGUAAAUCAGGGUGGUGGAGUGUAGGGGUGACCUAUCCCAGUAUAGACAGGAAAGGAGUUCAUUCAGUAAUUGGAUGUAAUAACAAGUCCUGGUGUAUGUACAGGGGGGAUAAUAAUCUGUAUCAUAUGAUACAUGACAGUAACAUAAUCAAGUUAACUCUCAGCGCAUCCAGCCAAAGAUUAGGUUUAUACCUGGACUAUGAGGCUGGGCGGCUGUCCUUUUAUGAGCUCCGUGACACGAUCAGACACUUACACACGUUCACUGCCACCUUCACUGAGCCGCUUCAUGCUAUAUUCAGGGUGUAUGGGGAUAAUGCAUGGCUGAGAAUUUCAUGCACUGAACAAUGUAUUAAUCUUGAUUAAAGAGAUUUAACUGAAAAACCCUGAAUGGGAAUCAGAAAGCAGUAAUCCCUAUCUGGGUGUGGGUGGAGACUAAGCAAGCGCUUCUCUGCGUGUCACCCUGUAUGUGACUGUGGGGUGUAUUUACUAAACAGUGAUGUUUACAGACUUUAAAACAUUACAAAAUUCAAAUCAAACAUUUCCGCAGUUCAAUUAUAGUCACAGCUUAGCCAUGUCUCCUGAAUUAUACAUUUUGUUUUUUUAGUUCACCAUAAUUCACUGUUUGCUGACUAAACCCAUGGGUGUAUAUGCAAGUGUUUGUGUGUUGUUUGAUUGUGAAGAGACUUAUAGUUUAUUGUAUCUGGUAUGCCAACACAAGGCAGCCUCUGAAACUGGUAGCUGUUCUGGACUUUAACUCUCAGCAUGUGUGUUAUGGCUGCAUCAUGUGUGUGAGUGUGUGCUACUAUGUGUGUGUCACUCAUAGCGAGUGUUACUAUGUGUGUCACUUUGUCAUUGUGUGUGUUAAUACGUGUUAUGGGUGAUUGUUAUUGUAUAUUAGCUGACUGGGUGUGAUGGGAGUUGUAAUGAGCUAUGUCAUUUUAAUAGGUCAAGCUCUUUGUAUAAUAUUUUUAUAUUUUACUGGAUGGGCUUUACUAAAAUAGUGUUUGUAAUAUUAUGAAUGCUUAUAAUGAACAGAUAAUGAAAUUUAUCCAAUAAAUCAAUGUACAUAUAGAAACGAUCUGAGAAAAUGGGGUGGGAUUUUAACCCCUUAAGGACCAAACUUCAGGAAAGAAAGGGAAUCAUGACAUGUCACACAUGUCAUGUGUCCUUAAAGGGUUAAACUAGAUGCCAUGUAUAGAGCACACUGUGAUUUAUUAUUUAUCUAAAGACUUUCUAUAUUUUUAACUAAUCUUUCCAAGAUUUCAAGUGGACAAUGAAGGACACUUUAAUUUUAGUGGUGUGAGUGGGGGGUGUAGCUGUACUGAGAGGGAUUUAGACCCAAAUUGUCCCUUUUAAAUAGGGACACUUGAGAGGUUUGGUUUUAAGAAUGUUAACUAUAUACAAUGUGACUGGAUCUGCAUGAAGCAUUGUAAUCUGAGAAUUUCAAUAAAAUCUUUUUU